AUGAAAAAUACACAAACAGACGAGGAAACGAAUAAGAAAGUCAGUGACAUGAAUUAUUAUUCGUAUCGAUUGAUGAUUCGUCAAGACACUGAGAAUCACAUUCUGAAAUGUCGACAAUUGUUCCAUCAAUACAUCGUCGACAUGUACGCGAAGAUUGAAACCGAACGACUCCUAUAUAUUCGAUUGAAUCAAACCGAGUUGCGUUCUGAAGAGUACAUCCAUUUACGAGACGCAAUCGUUAAUGAUGGUAACGUGAAUCCAAACGAAUUGGGAAGAAUGGUCAUAUUACCGUCUACAUUCACGGGGAGUCCACGGCACAUGCAUGAAUACGCACAAGAUGCGAUGACAUACGUUCGCGCAUAUGGCCGUCCAGAUUUGUUCAUCACAUUCACAUGCAAUCCAACAUGGGAUGAAAUUAAAGAACUUCAGUUAGCUGGACAAUCAUCUUCGGACCGCCAUGAUAUUACCGCACGCGUAUUUAAACAAAAAUUGAAAGCUUUGAUGGAUUUUAUUAAAACGCAUCACGUUUUUGGAGAGACAUGA